AUGGCGGCGCAAAUCUCGACCAUUGCCGAAUCGAAAGAGGUGCGCGGCCUCAACCUCAUUGCCGCCCACUCCCAUGUUCGUGGUUUGGGUGUGCAGCCGGAUACUCUGGUCCCCAAGCCCGCCGCCGAAGGUCUGGUCGGCCAGCAAAAGGCCCGUAAGGCAGCUGCUGUCAUUCUCCAGAUGGCCCGCGAGGGCAAGAUCGCAGGCAGAGCUGUCCUGAUCGCCGGUCCUCCUUCUACUGGAAAGACGGCCAUCGCCAUUGGAAUGAGCAAGGGAUUGGGUGAGGAUGUCCCGUUCACCAUGCUCGCUAGCAGCGAGAUCUUUUCGCUCGAGAUGAGCAAGACCGAGGCACUGGAGCAGGCUUUCCGCAAGAGCAUAGGAGUUCGCAUCAAGGAAGAGUCGGAAGUCAUCGAGGGAGAGGUCGUCGAGAUCCAGAUCGAUCGCAGCGUCACGGGCGGCAACAAGCAGGGCAAGCUCACCAUCAAGACAACCGACAUGGAGACUCUGUACGACAUGGGCACAAAGAUGAUUGACAGCAUGACCAAGGAAAAGGUCCAGGCCGGCGACAUCAUCUCCAUCGACAAGGCUUCUGGUCGCAUUACCAAGCUCGGACGGUCAUACACACGCUCGCGCGAUUACGACGCAAUGGGUCCCGACACAAAGUUUGUUCAAUGCCCCGACGGCGAGCUUCAGGUGCGUCGCGAGGUCGUACACACCGUCUCUCUCCACGAAAUCGACGUCAUCAAUUCUCGAACCCAAGGCUUCCUCGCUCUGUUCAGCGGCGACACUGGCGAGAUCAGAUCAGAAGUUCGCGAGCAGAUCAACACAAAGGUUGCCGAGUGGAAGGAAGAGGGCAAGGCUGAGAUCGUGCCGGGUGUCCUGUUCAUCGACGAAGUUCACAUGCUCGACGCAGAGUGCUUCUCCUUCAUCAAUCGUGCUCUCGAGGACGAGUUGGCUCCCAUCGUCAUCAUGGCCAGCAACCGUGGCCAAACACGCAUCCGCGGUACCAGCCACGUUAGCCCACACGGCCUGCCACUGGACUUCUUGGAUCGUCUCGUCAUCAUCAGCACUCAAGCAUAUUCGCCCGACGAGAUCAGAGAGAUCCUGAGCAUCCGUGCACAAGAGGAGGAAGUAGACGUGUCAGCCGACGCUCUCGCUCUCCUCACAAAGAUUGGCCAGGAGACUGGUCUGAGAUACGCCAGCAACCUCAUUACUACCUCACACUUGUUGGCACAGAAGCGCAAGGCUAGGGAGAUUGAAGUCUCUGAUGUUCAAAGGAGCUUCGAGCUGUUCUACGACCCCAACCGUAGCAUGAAGUUCGUUUCCGAAUUCGAGAAGAGAUUCAUUGGCGACGAGGGUGGUGUCGAUCUGGGCGGCAUGAACGGCAACCCCGAUGCCAUGGAGAUCACUGCCUAG